AUGGUUGGAUCUUGUCUGUACAUCCGCAACGACCUGGCGGACUGCGUGACCAAGUCGGACUGCUAUCUCAAGGAGGGCAAGAGCGCACAGGAGUGCAUUACGUCGCACAUGGCCGAGCUGCCGCUCGAGUGCCAGCAGCUGUACAAGUCGUUUGUCGAGUGUCGACGCGGCAUGCUCGAUAUGCGCAAGAGGUUUAGAGGCAACGCACCGCCUGCUGCGGGUGGCAACAAUGCCCCCGGUGGAACGACUCAGGUGGACUCCAACACCCCAGCAUCCUCAUGA